CUCAAAACUCUGACGUCACGUGUGCUUUUAAACCUUUGCGCACAUUUUUGAAUUCUAUCAGUUGGGAAUGUGACUGAGCUUCAGCUUUUGAGUAUUCAGAGACUUUUUAAAUCCGUUAACUGUCAAGGACAAUGCUGAACUAAUAUAUAUUUUUUGUAAUCAGACAUAAUGACAGAAGAAUCUGCUGUCAAAGUUUGCGUGAGGGUCCGACCUCUCAUACAAAGAGAGGAGGCUGCAGCGGAAAAUGCGGAGCCUGUACAGCUCUACUGGAGAGCUGAUAAACAAACCAUCCAUCAGGUUGAUGAUGGAAACCCCACUAAAAGUUUCAGCUUUGACAGAGUCUUUAGUGCAGAGGAAAGCACCAACCAGUUGUACCAGGACAUUGCAAAGUCACUAGUGGUCUCCACUGUUGAGGGAUAUAAUGGCACCAUAUUUGCAUAUGGCCAGACUUCAUCAGGGAAGACUUUCACGAUGAUGGGGAACAGCCGUACCCCAGGCGUUAUCCCACUGGCUAUGGAGGAUGUCUUCCAGACCAUCAAAAAUUGUCCCAAGAAGGAGUUUCUCCUCCGAGUGAGUUACAUGGAAAUCUAUAAUGAGACCGUCACUGACCUGUUGUGUGACAGCUGGAAGAGGAAGCCAUUAGAGAUCCGUGAGGGCAACUAUAAAAAUGUCUACGUGGCUGAUCUUACAGAGGAGCUGGUGACAUCACCUGACCAAGCACUGGCCUGGAUUCGCAAAGGAGAAAAGAAUCGGCAUUAUGGAAAGACAAAAAUGAAUGAGCGGAGCAGUCGUUCUCACACCAUCUUCCGUAUGAUCAUUGAAAGUCGAGAGCGGAGUGAUCCAGCCUCAGGAGAAAUCUCCGAUGGAGCCAUCAUCGUCUCCCACCUGAAUCUGGUGGAUCUGGCAGGGGCUGAGCGAGCAAGUCAAACAGGUGCAGAGGGUACUCGCUUCAAAGAGGGAUGCAACAUCAAUCGGAGUCUCUUCACUCUGGGACAAGUCAUCAAAAAGUUGUCAGAUGAAAAUCAGAAGGGCUUCACCAACUACAGAGACAGCAAGCUGACCCGUAUUCUGCAGAACUCACUUGGGGGCAAUGCCAAAACGGUCAUUGUGUGUACAAUCACCCCAGCUGUACAGGAUGAGACUCUCAGCACACUGCAGUUUGCAAGUGCAGCGAAACGCAUGAAGAAUGAUCCACAUGUAACUGAGGUGUCUGACGAUGGCGCUCUGUUGAGACGCUAUAGGAAUGAGAUCAAUGAGCUCAAACAACGUCUGCAGGAGGUUUCCUCGGUGACCAAGACGACGGUGACUGAGAAGCAGACCCUGUGCCAGCUGCUACAGGAGAAGGAGCAGCUUCAAAGGGAGCAGGAGGACCGCAUCCGCAACCUCACCAAACUGCUUGUCACCUCCAAUGUGGUCCUAGUCAAGAAGCUUCCGAAGCGGCGCAUGACAUGGGGUGGUAAGCUGUUACAGGCCGCCCACCCCUCAGAUGCACUAGCCGAGACGGACACUGGGUUCAUGGAGCCCUUUGUCAAGCAACGUAGGAUCGACCUUUCCGCUAUAGUAGAAAACGAGGACAUGGAGGAGUUUGAGGGACGUUGGGAAAUUCCUUUAGAACGGACUUUCGACAUGGAUCUGAAUCAGAGCAGUGUGACCACGCGCAACUCUUCAGAAAGUGAUUAUUGUUCCCCUAGGGUUUCCGAAAUGAAAGGAAGGCUGGCCAACCUGGAGGAGCAACUGGAGAAGGAGGUGCAGCUUAGACAAGAGAUGCAGCAACAGUUAGAGAAGGAGGCGCAAGAAAAACGGGAGUUGCACCUUCAACUCGAGAACGAGGCACAGGAGAAGCAGGAAGUAAACCUUCAGCUCGAGAAGGAGAUGCAGGGCAAACAGGAGCUUCACCUUCAACUCGAGAAGGAGGCACAGGAGAAGCAGGAAUUACACCUUCAGCUCGAGAAGGAGGCACAGGAGAAGCAGGAAUUACACCUUCAGCUCGAGAAGGAAACGCAGGGCAAACAGGAGCUUCACCUUCAGCUAGAGAAGGAGGCACAGGACAAGCAGGAAUUACACCUUCAGCUCGAGAAGGAGAUGCAGGGCAAACAGGAGCUGCACCUUCAGCACGAUAUGGAGAAGGAGCUGCAACAUCAGCUUGAGGUGGAGACAUUGCAGAAACAGGAGGCUCUGGAGAGAGCAGCGGAGAUGGAGAAGAAGGUGAUGGAACUGGAGCAACAACUAGAAGCUACACCCCACAACACCUCCAACUACAGCAGUGAGCAGUUCAAGAGAGACCUGGGAGAGUCCAUCCAACUGUGUGAAUCUCUUUGCUUUGAGAAAGAAAGGCUGGAGGCUGAGCGGGACGCCCUUCAGAAGGAGCUCCAGGUGUGUGGUGAGGAGGUGGAGCGGCUGAGGAGGGACAGCGAGGCCCUGCAGGAGGAGCUGGUGCAGAAAAGAGAGAUGGACGAGUUCCAGUGUCUGGAGGAGGAGAGCAAGAGGGAGUAUGAGAAAGAGCUCCUGGCUCAGAUCACUACUUUGAAGAAGGCAGCAGAGGACUCUAAUAUCCAGGCUCAAAAGCUUAAGGUGGAGCUGGACACCUUGUCGGACCUGCAGGGUGAUAAGGACCUGGUGCAGGAGGUGAAGCGUUUGCGGCGCUCCCUGGAGGAUGCCGAAUGCCUCAGCCUGGACACUAAAAAGGAGUGGGCCUUCCUGCGCUCCGAGAAUAUCUCCCUCAAAGAAAGAGAUGAUGUGUUAACUGCAGAACACCAGCGCAUGCAGUCGGAGCUGCACAGUGUGCAGGUGCAGCUAGAGGCAGAGAAGAAUCGCUUCAAGAAGAUGCAGAUAGACCUUCAGAAGGAGUUGAUGGGUGCUUUUGAUGAAAACACCAAGCUCACCACUCUCCUUGAUGGCAAAGUCCCUAAAAAUCUAGUGGAUGGUGUAAUUCUGGAGCGAACUGUGGCUGAGCUGCAGAAGGAACUGGAGCAGCACAAGCAGAAUGAAGAAGAGCUUCAGUCUCAGCUUAAGGAGACGCUUGAGAAGGCACAGGAGCAGCAGCAGCAGGAGCUACUGAAGGCUCAAGAGCAGCAACAGCAGUUUGAAGAGAAACUCCAGCAAAAUCAGGAAAUGUCGAGGGUGGAGCUUGAGGGAGCCCAUGAACAGCUGGAGAAACUGCAGCAGGAACUCCAGAGGGCCCAGGAACAGGGGGAUCUGGUGCAACAGGAACUUCACAAGGCUCAAGAACGGCUGCAGCAGGAUAAAGAGCGGCAUCAACAGGACCUACAGAGUUCCCAAGAGCAGCAUCAGGAGCUUCUGAAAGCCCAUGAACAUCUACAGGAGGAACACCAAAAGACCACAGAGCUGUUGCGUCAGGACCUGAAAAACACUCGGGAGGUGCAAGACGGGCUGCAGCUAGAGCUGCAAAAUGCCUUGAAGAAACAUGACUCCUUGCAGCAGGAGCUUCACAACGCUCAAGAGCAUCAGCAACAUUGGGAGGCAGAGUUCCAAAGGGCGCAACAGCAGCAGGAGGAACUGCAGCAGGAGCUCCAGAAGGCUCAGGAGCAGCUACGGGACCAUCCCAUCUCCCAGGAGCCUGGUGUGGAGAUCUUUGAGGAGCUGGAGGUGCUGCGCUCUGAACUGGGUGCUCUCACUGCACAGAGAGCUGAGCUGCAGGAGAUCCUGGAGGGUGUGAGAGAGGAGAAGAACCAGCUGAAGAGAGACCUGGAGGAAAGUGUGGACAUGUGUGUGCAGACCCAGUCUGAACUCCAGCAGCUUCAGAGCAGGCCGUCUUGCAGUUCUAGUGCAACAGACGAGUUGCUUCAGCAGCAGAAACAGGAGCUGGAGGAGUUGAGACAAGAGAAGCAGCAACUUCAGGCUGACCUUCAGGAGAAUGUGGAUAUGAUGAUUGAGAACCAGACUGAGCUGAGAGAAGCUCUGGACGAGGUCAGAGAGCUGAAGGGCCAGCUGGUUGCCGCCCGUCUCGCCAGUGCACAGGUCCCAGAUGCCACAGAGAACUCUCUGGAGGCCACUGCUGAACUAGACCGCCUGCGUUCUGAGGUGACCUCUCUGACUGCUGAGCUAGACCAUCUAAAGAGUGCGAGCCAGAGUGAGGGAGGGCAGAAGGCCCAAGAGUUGCAAGAGGCCUUGCAGCAGGAGCUCCACAAGGUUCAAGAGACGCAGCGGCAGAAGGAGGAGGAACUUCAGAGGCUCAGAGAUCAGCUGCAGGAGGAGCUCCAGAAAACUCAAGAGAGCCCACCGCCAGAGCUACUCCAGGCACAAGAGCAACAGCGUCAUUUAGAAGAAAAACUCCAGAGGGCCGAGGAAGUCUUGCAGCAGGAGCUUCAGAGAGGCCAGGACGAGCAGGAGAGGCUUCAGCAGAAACUCCAGAAGGCUGAGGAGCAGCAGGAGACGUUGCAGCACCAACUUUGUGAGAUCCAGGAGCAGCAGAAGCAAAAGGAGGAGGAGCUUCGUAUUGGCAAAGAGCAGAAGGAACAACUGGAACGAGAACACCAGGAGAUUCAGGAGAUGUUACAGCAACAACUUUGUAAUACCCAGGACCAGAGGCCUCAUCAGGAGGAUCAGGCACCACUGCUACAAGAGCUUCAUCAGGCACAGCUGGAACAGCAGCAACAGGAGCUCCUGAAGGCCCAGGAGCAACAUCAGCAGGAGCUACUGAAAGCCCAGCAGCAGCAGCAGCAGUGUCUCGAAGAAGAGCUCAACACUGCUCUAGAGCAACAGCUAAGCCUUGAGAAAGAUCUGCAGAAAGCCCAAGAGCGGCUGGAACAGUUGCAGCAGGAACUACAGGAGACUCGACAGCAGCACAGCCAGGACUCACUGAAAGCCCAAGAGCGGCAACAGUAUUUUGAGGAGGAACUCCGUAAAAAUGAGCAACUGUUGCACCGGGAGUAUGAGAGAGCACAGGAACAGCAAGCGCAGCUGCAAGAGGAGCUCCUGAAGGCCCAAGAGCAGCUACAGCAUCACUGCACUCCUCAGGACUCGGAGGAGGCCUCUGGAGAGCUGGAGAGGCUGCGAUCCGACCUGAGCGCCCUCACAGCGCAGAGAGCAGAGCUGCAGGAGAUCCUGGAGGGGCUGAAGGAGGAGAAGAACCAGCUGAAGAGAGACCUGGAGGAGAACAUGGACAUGGCUCAACAGGAACUGGAGGAGCUGAGGCAGGAGAAGAGACAGAUGCAGACAGAUCUUGAGAACAACAUGGCGAAAGCCAGUGAGCUGGAGACACAGCUGCGUUGUGUGACUGAGGAAAGGCAGCGUCUGCUGGGGGAUAACGAAGUAGCACAGACCCUCCAGAAGGAGGUGGAUCAACUCCGAUCUGAAGUCUCGUCCCUCAGUGCAGACAGAGAGCAGCUGCAGGAGAAACUGAGGAAGGACGAGAAGAGGCACUCGGAGGAACUGCAGGAGCUCAGCGUGCAGAGAGAGCAGCUCCUCCAGCAGCUCAGCGCAGCUACAGUGGAGAGCGCUGAGGAACUGGAGAGGCUGCGCUCCGAGAGCGCUGAGGAACUGGAGAGGCUGCGCUCAGAGGUCAGCACGCUCACAACCCAGAGAGCCGAGCUGCAGGAGAUGCUGGAGGCCGUCAGGGAGGAGAGGAGCCAGCUCAAGAGAGACCUGGAGGAGAAUGGGGGGAUGGCUCAGCAGCAGCUGAACGAACUGGAGGAGAUCAGACUAGAGAGAAAGCAACUACAGACAGAUCUGCAGAACAACAUGGAAAGAGCCAGUGAGCUGGAGACACAGCUGCGGUGUGUGACUGAGGAAAGGCAGCGUCUGCUGGGGGAUAACGAAGUAGCACAGACCCUCCAGAAGGAGGUGGCUCAACUCCGAUCUGAAGUCUCGUCCCUCAGUGCAGACAGAGAGCAGCUGCAGGAGAAACUGAGGGAGGACGAGAAGAGGCACUCGGAGGAACUGCAGGAGCUCAGCGUGCAGAGACAGCAGCUCCUCCAGCAGCUCAGCGCAGCUACAGUGGAGAGCACUGAGGAACUGGAGAGGCUGCGCUCGGAGAGCGUUGAGGAACUGGAGAGGCUGGCGCCAGAUGUCAGCCAGCCACCCACCCAGAGAGCCGAGCUGCAGGAGAUGCUGGAGGCCGUCAGGGAGGAGAGGAGCCAGCUCAAGAGAGACCUGGAGGAGAAUGGGGGCAUGGCUCAGCAGCAACAGAAUGAGUUGGAGGAGAUCAGACUGGAGAAGAGGCAACUUCAGACAGAUCUGCAGAACAACCUGGAAAGAGCUAAUGAGCUCCAGGCACAGCUGCGAUGUGUGACUGAGGAAAGGCAGCGUCUGCUGGGGGAUAACGAAGUAGCACAGACCCUCCAGAAGGAGGUGGCUCAACUCCGAUCUGAAGUCUCGUCCCUCAGUGCAGACAGAGAGCAGCUGCAGGAGAAACUGAGGGAGGACGAGAAGAGGCACUCGGAGGAACUGCAGGAGCUCAGCGUGCAGAGACAGCAGCUCCUCCAGCAGCUCAGCGCAGCUACAGUGGAGAGCGCUGAGGAACUGGAGAGGCUGCGUUCGGAGAGCGCUGAGGAACUGGAGAGGCUGCGCUCAGAGGUCAGCGCGCUCACGACCCAGAGAGCCGAGCUGCAGGAGAUGCUGGAGGCCGUCAGGGAGGAGAGGAGCCAGCUCAAGAGAGACCUGGAGGAGAAUGUCGACAUGGUGCAGCAUAUGAAGGCUCAGAGGACCAGCUAUCCUGAACACUCAGAGCUGGUGGUGCAAGAAAAUGAAUCCCAGCAGAAAUUGCAGGCAUGGUCCCUGCGAAUCCAGCGUCUGGCUGAUCAGCUUUCUCAGAAGCUGCGAAAGCGCUGGACAACAGAGCUACUGGCCUCUGCCGAGCUCACUGAGAGAAGACUGACCAAACAGCUGCUGUCCCAAACGCCACAUCUGGCGCCCCUGACCACUAGCCUCAAGAAGAGCACACUACAGUUGCAGGACCUGUUGUGGACACGACUGGCUACUCUACAGAAGCUAGCUGUGACUUAUAGGGGCCACUACGAGGCACUGUGGGAGCAAGAAGCCUCUGCUGUUGAUCAGAGUGGCUUGAUUGCUCAGGCUCAGAAGAGCACCUCUGGUCAUCCGUGUCCACCUCAAGAUGUCCUCCUCUGCCUCCUGCUGGAGAGGAGGGAGCUCCAUCUACAGGAAAUGGCUGCGAGUGCCCAGCGGCUGGAGGAGGGCGUGGCCGAGCUGGAAAAGGUCAUGAGCGUGGAGCUUCAGCACCGCGUGCAGGCCAACCAGGGGCUGGAGGAGCUGAGCUCGCGCACGCCAGCCGAGCCCAGCACACUCGGACGCCACCUCCAACAGGAGACCAGCCGCCGCCACAGUGUAGCCAGCUGUGAGCAAACCAUCUGCCAUGCCCUGGUCAGUGAGCAGCAGCGUUUGGCCAACAGCAAGGUGACCCAUGAGCAGCGCCGCCAGACGGUGGUGCCACUGAGUCUGCUCCAGCCACCGAUCUCGGAGCUCCAGCAGGACAAGCAGCAGCUGUGCUCCAGGCUGCAACAGGCCCUCACGCACACUCGGACAUUAGAGAAAAAGUUGCAGCAUCUUCAGGGGGCUCAUGAUCUUUCAUCUCAGCAGUGCAGUGAACAGCUGCUCCAGCUGAAGGAACUGCAGGACAAACUUGCCCACAGUCAGACCCUGGCCCAGAGGAAGAUGACUCCCAGUGCAGUGGAAAUGCAAAAGAUGAAGGAUCGACUGGUGAACAUGGAGAUGGAGAACACAAACCUGAACACCGGCCACCAGCAAGAGCUGGAGAGGCUGACGUCAGUACUCAAAUACAAGGAGGAGUUGAUCCGUAAGCUGAAGGAGGAUUUGAGGAUGAAGCAGCAGGAUGACGAGCAUUCAUAUAUGGAGGAUAAUCACUCCAAACACUGUGGCCACCAGGAGGAGAUUCAGCAGCUGCAGCAGAAAAUUGCUCAGUUAGAGAGCACUCUGUCCAGCCAACAGGAGGAGGUUGACCGAUGGAAACGGCGCGCUUACAAACUCAAGGAGAGCCGCCGUGAGGGGGGUCUACACACACCCACCAAGCAUGGACGACCGCCCACACCCACCAAGCAUACACCCACCAAACACACACUCCCGCUCACCCCUACUAAACACACACUCACACACACACAGGCGAGGCCGUCGCCCAGCAAGCGUCCGGCGCUUGGCGAAGCACCGCUGUUGAAUUCUCCCCAGCGGCCACUGCUGGAUUCCCCCAAGAGCCUGUUCUUCGACAUGCCGCCCGGGACCCAUGCCCCACCCAUCGCACGCACCAAGGGCUUCUUUGACAACUGUGCCCUGGGGCCGGCAACUGACAGUGAGGAGGAGGAAGCUGACCCAUUGGUUGCGGAGGGGUCGACAGGGGGAGGCAGUGCAGCCAACAAGAAGGAUGAGUGGUGGCCACAGUCCCCCAGACAGGGUCAGCAGUGUGAAACGCAGUGAUGACCCUCCGUCCUGUCCAGUCCAUUUUUUUAUGUCUUGUUUUUGUCUGUGUUUUAAUAAUAAUUGUAUAUACAUUUAAUAAUGCUUUGUGCUUUCUUUUACUGCUAUUUUUGGAAAUAACUUGAUUAUUUUGUAUUAAAGGAAAUUUCACAUUUUA